UAGAGGAACGAUGAAGAAAAGCCCAAAUUCGUAAAAAGCAAGCCACCGGUACCACUCCGCCCUUCUACAUUUAAGCCUUCUUCCUUUUCUUCUCAACAUUGCAUUUCACACCGGGAUUAAUCCCCUCAACAUCCGGAGCCGCCGGAGCCUUGCCGCCGGUGGGUCUCCCUCCCUCGCUUCCCCAGAAGAUGAAGCGGGGCUUUACCAUCACUCCUCCUGUCGCCGUCGUCGUCUUAGCAAUCUCCUUUAUCUACUUCUCCACCGUCUUUAUAUUCAUCGACCGGUGGUUCGGCCUUAUAACCUCGCCUGGAAUUAUGAACGCCGUCGUCUUCACCGCCGUGGCUCUCAUGUGCAUCACUAGUUACGCCCUUGCUAUCCUCACGGAUCCUGGUCGGGUCCCUUCGACCUACAUGCCUGACAUUGAGGAUCCCGAAAACCCUAUUCACGAGAUCAAGCGUAAGGGAGGUGACCUAAGAUACUGUCAAAAGUGUUGUCAAUAUAAGCCUCCUCGUGCACAUCAUUGCCGAGUUUGCAAAAGAUGCAUUUUGCGAAUGGACCACCAUUGCAUUUGGAUAAAUAACUGCGUCGGCCAUGAAAACUAUAAGGUGUUCUUCAUGUUUGUCGUGUAUGCUGUAGUCGCAUGUAUCUACUCCCUGGUAUUACUCAUUGGCAGUCUUACAAUUGAUCCUCCUUCGGAUGAGCAGGAAGUUGGAGGCCCUUUUAGGACUAUAUAUAUUGUUGCUGGGCUGUUGCUAUUGCCUUUAAGUAUGGCAUUAAAUGUUCUAUUGGGUUGGCACAUUUACUUAAUUUUGCACAAUAAGACUACAAUUGAGUAUCAUGAAGGAGUGAGAGCUAUGUGGCUUGCGGAGAAAGGUGGGAAUGUGUAUUCACAUCCGUAUGAUCUUGGUGCCUUUGAGAAUCUUACCACGAUUCUUGGCCCAAAUAUAUUAAGUUGGAUAUGCCCCAUGUCGAGACAUAAUGGCUCUGGUCUUCGCUUCCGAGCGGCCUAUGACAAAUCUAUUAGUGCAUCAAUGUUAAAGGAAAGUUCAUCUCUGCCCAUGACAUUUGUUUAAGAACAACAAGCUAUGCACCUCUCAAUGGCCAUGAAGGAUUCAUGUUUACUGAGCUCUUCAGCAGAGUGGUGCUUCUUUGAAGAACCCAAAUUUCAAACAGCAUUCUAAAUGUUGAAUAGAUAUGAUAGCGUGACAGCCGUGGCUUGUUGGAGAGUUACUGAUAUUGUCUAUCACGAACUGUUUCUUGUUGACAUCAAGAACUCAGCAAAUCUGUUUCAGGUAUGAUUUAUCCUUUCCUGUUUGUUUUAGAAAAUCCGUUCGAAGUUAGGGUCUGGAAAACGAUGCAGGUUAUAGGUUAAUGUAGAAAAAGAGAGAUCUCAGAUGUAGUCGGGUGUUUAUGUACAUGAGUUCACUGGACAUGCUAACAAAUUGUUUUGUGUAGUCGUAGCUCUGUAACUUGUAACAAAAAAAAGGAGGUAAAUUGCAAUUAAGAUAUAAUGCAAUCUUUAACACUGCAUGGUGUUUUUACUUGUU